ACCGGCACCGUUGGGUCGGGGCGGUGUCCCCGCAUUCCCCGCUCCCGGCCGCAUUCCCCGCUCCCGGCCGCAUUCCUCGGUCCCGGCCAUGAGCCGCCUCAGCGGCGGCUGGGACGGCGCCGGCGAGGAAGUCCGGCUGCUCCUGGACCUAUGCCUUCAGUGUUUGACAAAGAACCUUUCCAGAUAUGCUGCAGAUAUUAAGUCAUUACCACCCAACAUAAAGGAUAAACUGAUUAAAUUAAUGAGCAGGCAAGGGCAAAUAACUGAUUCAAAUAUCAGUGAGGUACUGCACCCUGCUGUCGAGUCUCUAGACCUCCGAGACUGUGAUAUCUCAGAUAAUGCAUUGCUGCAGCUUUAUAACUGCAAGCAGCUGAAAAAAAUCAACUUGAAUUCUUGCAAGGAAAACAGAUUUGGAAUCACUUCAGAAGGUGUCAUAGCACUGGCCUUAUCCUGCCCUUACCUGCGUGAAGCCUCUUUUAAAAGGUGCUGUGAUAUAACUGACAGUGGAAUUCUUGCUCUGGCACUCAACUGCCAAUUCCUACAAAUAGUGAACUUGGGCAGCUGUUCAGGCAUCAUGGAUGCAUCUCUGCAGGCACUUGGGGAAAACUGCAAGUUUCUUCACAGCGUGGACUUUUCAUCUACUCAGGUAACAGAUGAUGGCGUUGUAGCACUAGUGAGUGGAACAUGUUCAAAGAAUUUAAAGGAGAUCCACAUGGAGCGCUGUGUGAACCUGACUGACGUCGCCGUGGAAGCCGUCCUUAACUGUUGUCCCAAGAUACACAUUUUUCUGUUCCAUGGAUGCCCAUUGAUAACAGAUCGUUCCCGAGAUGUUUUAGAGGAGCUCAUUAUAUCAAACAAAAUCAAGCAGGUCACAUGGACUGUUUACUGAUUAUUUGUCCCAUACAAAUGAGUGUCAAGUUUACAGAUGGGAGAACCCUUUCAGCAAGCAAGCACCUUGGAGAGCCAUCGGGGGACUUUUGCACCACCAGAUUGUGAAUCUCCUGGUUCCCACUGGAGGUCUCUGUUGCUAUUCCAGUCCUUGCCUGUGAGUCUGGGCUUCCCCAUUGUCUCUGCUUGGAGCCCUGUCUGUCUUUGCAUCGCUGAUGAUACUUUGUUAAGAGGAAAGUUAAACUGUAAUUAACACCACACUGAGCCAUAGCUCAGCCUCCUCGAAGUGUCAGACUUGGCUGCUCCUUGGCGUCCUUCAGCAACUCAGCUACAUGUACAGAUCCACUUUAAGUAACUGAGUUUGUAGGCUUGGCAAGGUACUUUCAACUAAAAGUACCAAACGAAAACAUAGCACUGACACUCACACAGAAGUGUCUGUAAAGUUGGGAGUUAAAUCUGACAAAAGUCAACAGACAGAACAGGUGAAUGGAGGUGGCAUUAAGAGCAUUACAAAUAUAUUUUUAGUAGUAACAAACAAUCUCCUUUCACCAUGUACUUCUGCUAGAUAUGGAAUGAAGAAUGUAGGUACCUUUCUUCAGAUGUUAUUGAUGCUGCUGAUUUCUGUUUGUACUUACCAUCAAAUACUUGCUGGAUUUUUACAUAUCCAAAGCUACGGUCUGUGAAUGUGUAAACAUAAACUUACUUUGGAAUUGUUAUGGUGACUUUACAAAUUUCAGAGUAGUAGCUGUGACUAGUAAAAGAGUUUUGUAUAUGGGCAAAUAUUUAAUUUGCUCUGGCUUUUGCCUAUGUUUCUACAUGAAAGUCCUUUUAGGGAACAAAACAUUAAGCACUCAUAAGCAUAGCUGUGAGUGAAAUAGGACCAAAUUUUGUGGCUGAGUAUAUAAAUCUCAGGAUGGUGGAGUUCAGUAGAGUACGUGUUCUACUGUUUAUUAUAUUAAUUUAUUAUAAUAAUGCAGUUUAUUAUAUAUCCAGGGGCCCUCAGAAGCUGAAAAUAACAAUAAACGUGUUGUUUAAUUAUAGUCAUAUUAAAGAAAAAAUUUUUGAAUUGUAGAGUGAGUUUUUUAUGUGAUGGAGCAGUGGUCUCAUCACAGUUAUAAGUCAUGUUCAUUGGCUUUCUUGAACCAGCAUAAUCUGUUGUGAGAAUUCUAUGUUUUCUGCAUUAAACUUCCUAAAAUGCUAGCAAUUUUAGCAUUGUACGGGGCAUGGAGCACACUAGGUUGACACUCUGUAUGUCGAAGUAGAAGGAUUUAGCUAGGGUGGUCUUACAUGGAUCUGAGGACAUUUGGAAACUUAAGAGUUUAGGCAACUAUAAUGAACAUGUUUACAAUUUAACACCUGUCAUAGCCACACUUAUUUUAAGUGUUGCAGAAAUAAACCAGUCUUCUACUUAUCUAUUCAAAGUUCAAGUCAAAUUGCAUGGAAGAUACAUCUUGCAGCCAAUAUUAAAGGAUGUCUGACAAUGAUCUCGUUCUUGUGUUGAUUAUAUGGUUCAUAAAAGAGCAAAUCUAUUUAGAAAAGUUGUUCAAGUGUAACUAAAAGCAUAAUUUUCCACCUCCAGUGCCUAAAUCCCUUACUCUUGUUGCAUGGAGUACCAUGGCUCAGCCCAGAGAUGAGUGUGUUCCUGUGAUCCCUGUAGGUACAGCUGCACCAGCACAAACCAUUCUUGCAAGCAGGAGUUGAUUUUGCUACAUUAGCCACAAGCAUCUGAAAGCUGUAACUGCAGCAGAUCCUUGCACUGGAUAGAUUAAUAACCUAAUCUACCAAGUUUUAUUUCUUUUUUUUUGGUUAAGUUUAUUUGUAAUACCCUGUAGAGUCCCUAGUAUCAAUCAGGGCCCAUCGGUCCUUUGAACUCUUGGACCUGAGUUGGCAAUAAAUUUGUUUUGCACUAUUUUUGAUAUUGAUCCAUCUAGCUGAUUAGGCAGCAGCAAUGACAGGCUCAGUAAUUGUGUCAAAUGGGUAAAGCAUUCCUGAUUUCAGGAAGGUUGCCACAAAGAGACUAAGUAGAAUUGAAAGUUAACUGAAGAAGGCAGGAGCCUUGGGGAGUUUCAAGUAUAACUUCCUGCCCAAAGUAGGGCCAGCUCAAAGCUCAGACCAGCUUAGUCCAUGCUUUAUCCAGAUAAGUCUUGAAAAACUGAACAUACGGAGCCCUUCACAACUUUUUGAGGCAACUUGUUCCACUGCUUGCCUGCAUUAAUGAUGGAAAUUUUUUUCCUUCUAUCCUGGUUGGCCCUGUUUUGUGUCAACACCCUUCCUCUCGCUGGUAGAGCCUGGCUGUCAUCCUGAUGGCCUCCUCAUCCGUGUGGUCCCGCUGCUCACAGCAGUUCCUUGAAGCCCUGUCUUUUCCAAGCUGAAGGAGCCCAGUUCUCUCCCUCUGUUGCUGUCGUGUAACAAUACAUGUUACAUUACAAGGGUGGUGGUCACCAGACUCCCAAGUGCUACAUCCAGAAAGAAAGUUACAAAUGAAGAUUAUGUAAAGCAGCUAGAGGUGGAAGACCACCAAAAUCCGUAAUAGCAAAGGACACUUAAAAAAAUUGUCUGUGGGACAAUACUAACAAUACUAACUUCACUGGCCAAGUUGUCCUUUUCCUCCUUGCUAAUGUAACCUUGGAUUUGUCAUGUUGAAGGCAAAUGCAGCCUAUAAUGUGUCCUUAAAUGUGCAUGUAGAUUUGCCAUCUUCCCUACAGCCUUUUCUAAAUGUGUAACUUGGUAUAUCCUCACCUUGUGCUUAAAAAAUCUGUACAAAGGGCAAUGAGUUAACACUGCAUUUUUAGGUUUGAAAGUCUAAUGUAAGUCCCUUUAAAUCCUUCCCCAUUAGAGCUUGACUCUGCUUUCACAUGUUUAUACUUGCAUAACUCUACUGGAAUAUUUUUUGAUUCAGGUUAAAUUGCAGUAAUUUUCAACAAAUGUUGGCAAGCACUGGGUGAAGUGGGAGAAGAACAUCAUGUAUGCGCUUACCACUUCAUAUUUCUGUAUUGUUUGGACGUUGUUACUGUUGUAAACUGUUGGGUGAGCACUGCAGAAUAUUGUUCAGAAGAUUAAAGUUUUGAAGACAUCUGUUUGGAUACUUCUGGAAACUUGUUAAAUUACGUAAGCAUGUACAUCUGA